GUGAGAGGAUCCUGGGCUAUGCGGAGGAGCCGUGCUACCUCUGGUUCGUCAUGGAGUUCUGCGAAGGGGGUGACCUCAACCAGUACGUGCUGUCCCGAAGACCUGACCCGGCGACCAACAAGAGCUUCAUGCUGCAGCUGACCAGCGCCAUCGCCUUCCUGCACAAGAACCACAUUGUCCACCGGGACCUGAAACCAGACAACAUCCUGAUAACCGAAAAGUCUGGCACCCCUGUUCUCAAGGUGGCUGACUUCGGGCUCAGUAAGGUCUGCGCUGGUCUGACGUCUCGGGGCAAGGGCCGUGGGCAUGAGAACAAAAAUGUGAAUGUGAACAAGUACUGGCUGUCUUCGGCUUGCGGCUCCGACUUCUACAUGGCGCCCGAGGUCUGGGAAGGACACUACACCGCCAAGGCUGACAUCUUCGCCCUCGGUAUCAUCAUCUGGGCCAUGAUUGAGAGGAUAACUUUCAUCGAUGCAGAGACCAAGAAGGAGCUGCUGGGGACCUACAUCAAACAGGGGACUGAGAUUGUGCCCGUUGGGGAAGCGCUGCUAGAAAACCCAAAGAUGGAGCUGCACAUCCCUCAGAAACGCAGGACUUCCAUGUCUGAGGGGAUCAAGCAGCUCUUGAAAGACAUGUUGGCUGCUAACCCGCAGGAUCGACCUGAUGCCUUUGAGCUUGAAACCAGAAUGGACCAGGUUACAUGUGCUGCUUAA